UUCCAGGGUUUUCUAGUUCAUUUUGGCGGAAAAGAGUGUAGCCUUUCUCUCUGUUACUCACUCGCGACGCUCUGUGCCCUAACGCCGCCUCCUCCGUUAAGUUAAGUGAAGCUUUAAGAAGAAGAUACUUUGGUUCUGGAUUUGGUUUUUGUUUUGCAAAAAUCGAAGCAAGUUUUUAAACCCUAGAAAUCAUGCAGUCCUCAGUUCUAGUUCUCAAGGACUCUUUGAAACGUGAGUCUGGACCAAAGGUGCAUCAUGCUAAUAUUCAGGCAUCAAAGGCUGUUGCUGAUAUAAUUCGUACAACACUGGGACCCAGGUCCAUGCUAAAGAUGCUUCUUGAUGCUUCUGGAGGAAUUGUGGUGACAAACGAUGGAAAUGCUAUCUUACGUGAAUUAGAUAUUGCUCAUCCAGCUGCCAAGUCUAUGAUUGAAUUAAGUCGCACCCAAGACGAAGAAGUCGGAGAUGGAACCACAUCUGUCAUCAUUCUUGCUGGUGAGAUGCUCCAUGUUGCCGAAGCUUUCAUUGACAAGAAUUAUCAUCCUACAGUUAUUUGCCGAGCAUAUAACAAAGCUUUGGAGGAUGCUAUUGCUGCUAUUGACAAAAUUGCGAUGCCUAUUGAUGCUCAAGACCGAGGUCAAAUGCUGGGGCUUGUAAAAAGCUGCAUAGGUACCAAAUUCACUAGUCAAUUUGGGGAUUUAAUUGCUGAUUUAGCUAUUGAUGCUACUACAACAGUGGGUGUUGAUAUUGGCCAAGGUUUAAGAGAUGUAGAUAUUAAAAAUUAUAUCAAGGUUGAGAAGGUCCCUGGCGCGCAGCUUGAGGAUUCGAGAGUUCUCAAGGGAGUUAUGUUUAACAAAGAUGUGGUUGCCCCUGGCAAGAUGAGGAGAAAGAUUGUUAACCCACGUAUCAUUCUUCUUGAUUGUCCUCUUGAGUAUAAAAAGGGUGAAAACCAAACAAAUGCCGAACUGCUUAGAGAAGAAGACUGGAGUCUCUUGCUGAAGUUGGAGGAAGAAUACAUUGAGGAGCUCUGCAUGCAGAUAUUGAAGUUUAAACCAGACUUGGUAGUUACAGAGAAGGGUCUUAGUGAUUUGGCAUGCCAUUAUCUGAGCAAGCAUGGAGUUAGUGCAAUCAGAAGACUGAGGAAAACUGAUAAUAAUCGAAUUGCUAAGGCAUGCGGUGCUGUUAUUGUGAACAGACCAGAUGAGUUGCAGGAAUCUGAUGUUGGUACUGGUGCAGGGUUAUUUGAAGUUAAGAAAAUUGGAGACGAGUACUUCGCUUUUAUUGUUGAUUGCAAAGAACCUAAAGCUUGUACUGUUUUAUUAAGGGGUGCUAGUAAGGAUCUCUUGAACGAGGUUGAAAGAAACCUACAGGAUGCCAUGUCUGUUGCUAGGAAUAUAAUAAAAAAUCCAAAACUUGUUCCUGGAGGUGGUGCUACAGAGAUGACUGUGUCAGCUGCUUUGAAACAGAAGAGUUCUUCUAUUGAAGGCAUAGAGAAGUGGCCAUAUGAAGCUGCUGCUAUUGCUUUUGAAUCUAUUCCACGUACUUUGGCACAAAAUUGUGGAGUAAACGUCAUCCGGACAAUGACUGCACUGCAAGGAAAACAUGCAAAUGGAGAAAAUGCAUGGAUUGGCAUUGAUGGAAAUACUGGUGUCAUUGCUGACAUGAAAGAGCGCAAGAUCUGGGAUGCCUAUAAUGUGAAGGCACAAACUUUUAAGACUGCCAUUGAAGCUGCAUGCAUGCUUCUGAGAAUUGAUGAUAUAGUGAGUGGAAUCAAGAAAAAGCAGGCCCCUGGAGCAGGCCCUUCAAAGCCUAAGAUUGAUACUGAGGGAGAUGCCGACGGCGAGCAAAUCCUUCCUGACUGAAAACACACUUCCCUUGACGUUGUUUUUUUGACUUGUAGAGUUGAAAAUCUGCUAGGUUCUUCUUCCUCUUUAAAAGUAUUUAGUUAUUCUUAUGAAAUUUUGGGUCCUUGAUGGUGCUGUUGUUUUAUACUUGGUACUGUUUGUUUAAGCAACUUGUGAACUUUAAUGAUGUUCAAGUGUCAUAUGCUUUAUGGAGUGUUCUCGAUCUGUUUUGAGAAUUGUGUCAGGCUGAAAUGUUUGUUUUCUCCUUUUUGAGAGUUGCCUGUUUUCUACUAAAUUUCAGAACAUGUAUCUUUCUGCCAGUAAUGUGAUUACGCAGGGCUUUCUCUGCAUUGUAUCAUUGAAA